CUGUUGGUGAGUUUCGAUGUACAAUCCAUGUACACAAACAUCUCAGGCGAGAAGGCGGUAAGCGCCUUGAUGGAGAUGCUGGAGCGAGAAGAGGACAUCCUGGAUGCAGAACGGAUACGGAAAGAGUCGUUAACACGAACAAUCAACUUGACAGUUAUGACAACAUAUUUCACAUUUAACGACAUUAUCUAUGAGCAAAUAUUUGGACUACCCGUUGGGAUCACCACUAUCGCCUUUUUUGGCUAA